CCGGCUAAUCGACAUGCUUAAAUUGUGGCAGCAACUAAUAGCUCCAUAAAAGGAGGACCACUUUACAUGCCCCUGAAUACCCAUUGCUCUCUUCUCUCCUCUGCAACUCCUCUCCAUUUUCUGAUCCUCAGAAGGAAGACAGUGUAAGAAGAGGAAUAAAACAUGAACUUUUUUCAGAGGAAGAAUUCGAAGAAAGUGAAGGACACGGAUGGAUCUCAGAAGGACGGUAGCCGUGGGAAAAACGACUUGUUCGAUCGUGCCAAGGGAGGACUUGAUGCCCUUGCAGGAAGCCUCCAGUCGGCGAAGAAUGAUGCCGAAGCGGCGACGGAGAAGCUUCAAGGGGACGUGAAAUCAGGCAUUGAAACGAUCUUGCACAAGGGUUCGGGCAUUCUUGACAAAGUCAAAGAAGAAUUUGGAAGCCACUCAGAGGCCACCCGUUCAAAGGAGCUUGAGCAAGGAAGCGAAGAACAGGGAAAUAAGAACAUGGAAGCUUUGAGCGCAGUGCUUGAAAAGGUGACGAGUAACCCAGAAGUGGUGGAAAAGGUCAAGGAAGAGGUUUCGAGCCUUGCUGAUGCUCUCCAUCUACGGAAACAUGGAUCCAAAGAUAAAGAACCUGAGGCUGAAGAGACAACGAAGGACGGCGAGGCAGCACAUAAUGUCGGCGAGACCCAAGACCUUAAUGUGGCGGAGCAAGCUGUAGAAGAAAUUCAGGCUGUCGUCGCAGCGGUGCAGCAUCAGCAGACAGCCGCCACUGCUGAGACUGAAACUGAAACUCCAGCUGAGACUGCUGAAACCUCAGCUGAAGGAGAGAAGCCUCAAGAAACAAAACGAGAGGUGGAGAAAGAUGACCCCAAGACGCGACUAGACUUCUUCGGGUUCUUUGCCAUGCUGUUUGAGAGGUUCUGCUCCCCUGAAAACAAGAAGAAAGAUUAAGUGCGGCAAGUCAGGUGUGGAUUUCUCGUUUUGUGAUCUUGGAAACUACAUGGAGUGCAUGGGGACGUGGUGGUGUACAGUUUGCACUUACAUUUUCUCUUCAGACAAAUGUUCUAUUGGUUUUACUACCUUAUUUGGGGAUGGAUGUAUGGUUAUGCUCUACUUGGUGUAAUUCUUGCCACCUUUCUGGACUUGAUUUUAUCUUUGUAAACAAUUGAUUUAUUUUUAAGAUCUUUCUUUGCCUCAAGAA